ACUACUAUAGCUUUGUGAUUGGUAUCUGUCAAAUGAAUUCUAACCAUACUUUUUUGUGAUGAUGUGUUAUCAAUAAUAAAAAAAAUAAGAAUGAAAAAUCUGUAUAUGAUCUAUAAAAAUAUAUAUACUUUCAUAUGUGAACAGCAGAAUUCAUGCGAAAAUGAGUUUUUUGCAAGAUACUAUAAUCAUCCUUGCUUCACAGGUAGCAUUCUUCGUGGGAGCAUGGAUUUUUUUCAUGAAACGGCUUUUUAAAAAUUACGAAGUACGACAUAUAAUGGUUCAGCUUAUCUUUUCAUUAACUCUUACAUUAUCUUGUACAAUGUUUGAAUUGAUUAUAUUUGAAAUACUUGGUUUAUUAGAUUCUAGCUCUCGCUAUUUCUACUGGUACGUAAUGUUAUACAUGAUGCUUUUUGUAGUAAUUGUACUAAAUCCAUUUUAUAUUGGUUACUACUGCAUCAGUAAUAUAAGAUAUGUUAAACCAGAUUAUGUAAAACGCUUAACUGUACUGGUUUGGCUAGUUUUUCUGGUGAUAUUUUGGAAAAUCGGAGAUCCAUUUCCAAUAAUGAAUCCUAAACAAGGAGUUCUUUCAAUGGAGCAAUUAGUAUCUCGUAUUGGAGUUAUUGGAGUCACUGUUAUGGCCUUACUUUCUGGAUUUGGUGCAGUAAACUAUCCUUAUACUUCAAUGGCUUAUUUUAUGAGAGAAGUUUCCGAGGUUGAUGUUCUCAAUGUAGAGAAGAGGUUAAUGCAAACCAUGGAUAUGAUAGUUUUAAGAAAAAAGAAAUUAGCCAUAGCUAAGAAGCAAUCACUAGAAAAAGUAAAUGAUGCAACAAAAAGAAAAGGACUAUGGUCCAUUUUGUCUUCUGUUGGUGUAAACAGAAGUGAAGAGAAUAUCACCCAACUAAGAUUAGAAACUGAAGGCUUAGAAGCUUUGAGUAGAACAUUAUUUCUAGAAGUUCAUGAAAAUAGAAAUAUGCUGGAACGAAUUGAAUGGUCCAAAACUUGGAAAGGAAUAUACUUUAAUUUUCUAGGUUAUAUAUUUUCUGGUUACUGUCUCUGGAAAAUAUUCAUUUGUACGAUAAAUAUUGUAUUUGACAGAGUGGGUAAGAAGGAUCCUGUAACAAGAGGUAUUGAGAUAGCUAUUCAUUGGAUGGGUUGGAACUUUGAUGUUAAUUUUUGGUCUCAACAAGUGUCUUUUUAUUUAAUUGGAUGUAUUGUUGUUACUUCCAUCAGAGGUUUUAUUAUCACAUUAACUAAAUUCUUCAACAGGAUGUCGUCGAGUAAAAGUUCGAACAUAAUUGUACUUGUUCUUGCUCAAAUAAUGGGAAUGUAUUUUGUAUCAUCUGUUCUAUUAUUGAGGAUGAAUAUGCCGGUACAAUAUCGAACAAUUAUCACUCAAGUUUUAGGUGCCUUACAGUUCAAUUUUUAUCACCGCUGGUUUGAUGUUAUAUUUUUAGUCAGCGCUCUUGGAAGUAUUAUAACUCUUUACAUAGCACAUAAACAGCCAAUAAGAGAAAAUAUCUAAUAACAUAAGUUGUAUUUAAUUUAGUUAAUAUUUAAAUUUUAAAGUGAUAUUUUUAAACGAGUGUUGAAUAUAGAAUUUUAUUUAAA